GAGUGGCAGCCGUCUUCUCGGCGGUGCGCGCCGGCCGCCAGUGCCGCUCCGACAGUGCACCUGCUCGCACCGGGUGAGGCGCGUCCCGUCCGCACCAGGGAGGAGCGUCGGCGCGUCUGUGUCCCCGCCGCCGGCCGGCUCACCACUCAGAUAGACGUCUGGUCUCAGCAGCCGCUCCAGCGCAGUGUGCAGCCGGCAGAAGGCCAGCCAUGGCGCGGCAGCCGACGGCGAGAGCCGUGAUCGGCGCACUGCUCCUCGUCUUGGCGCUACAAACAGACCGAGGCCAUGGGCAGCUGGCGUCUCAGAGUGCAGUGGAAGCCGCGCAGUCGACUCCGCUCAGUGAGGACCGGGCCCUGGACCUGAUGGAGGACCUGGACGGCAGCGACAACAAGCUCACCACCGUGACCUACGUCGGCUUCGCCAACUUCGUCACCACCAUCGGCGGCACCGUCGUAGUCUUCAUGCCUCGCACGGACAGCGGAAAUCACAUUGUGGCGCCUACACGGACCGGGAAGAGCCUCGUCAGGAGCCAGGCUCCAGUGUUUGUUCCGGGUGGCCGGGUGGCCAAAACCAAGACCGCGGCGCCGCUCGAACGCAGCGCCGCCGUGUUCGUCCCGAAGGCGACCAGCAAGGAGAGCAGUUCUGCAGGAGCGUCAGUAAUCAGCGCUUCACCGAGCGGGUCGUCCUCCAGUGAUCACUCCACCGCCACCACUCGAGAGUUCAACACUAAUGAGCUGUAUCCCACUGGUCUGGUGACAUCCAUUGGUGGGACCCUGGUGCAGAGCGACAUCACCACCGUCUUCACCACCCUCUUCUACGGCACCUACAUCAAGGGUCGCUACGCCAAGGUGGCACGGAGUGCGUCCAGCAUCUACCACGGUGACAUCAGUACCACUGCUGUUCAUCCGGCGGAGUCCAUUUUGAGCACUCAGGCUUCCUCAAAGACACCUGGACAGCAGACUCUCGCCCAAGAGCCGGCAGUGGCGACUGCUUCAGUCAGCAACAGCUUGGGCCGAGCCGUCGGCAGCGAUUCCACGGCGCAGAUAAUCGUUAGUGACGAGACCGCCGAAGUACUGAAGCAGGGUCGCGCUCUGGUUGGCAGUAUCUCCCCGACCACAACGCCGGCGCUCUUCUCCUCACAUGCUGACGCCGAUGAAGUGAAGUCGGUGCUGAAAACCUACUACACCACGUACACGUACUUCACCACUGUUGUGAAGGACGGCACGAGCGCUGUGCGUAGCAGUUUGAGCACAGUGAGCAGUGUUGCCACGGAACAGCUGCCGGCGGGAGCUGUCACAACCGAGACCACCAAACUGGUCAGCAGCACUGCUACUGUGGACGGCAGGGAGGUAGUUUCGACCGAGCAAGUGACGAAACUGCUGCUGUUGUCUCCAAAUGUGGCCACAGAAACCACAACCCCGCCCAAGGUCAUCACAAAGACGUUCUUCACCACGUACACGUACCUCACCACAUCCUUGGUAGGAGCCAGCAGCAUCAUCAAGAGCCGCCUGGUGGUGAGCAGCAAUGUGGUUACGUCAACUGCGAACGAUUCCCCGCAGCUGACUGCCUCUGUCGCGCUGAAGUCAGAAUCUGUGAGCGCCACACCGCAGGCCUCCUUGAACGUUGCUGACGUGGCAAAUACUCCUGCUACAUCGGAAGACGUUGCUACCCAGGUGACCAGCGUGCCGGCACAAGUGGCUGCCGCCCACAGAACUGGGCUCAUAUCUUCGAGGACGUCUUCAGUCGUUAACGACGGCAUUACUACAGUUCAUUCGACCGGAUAUUUUGGUACAGUGGUUAACGGUCGCUACCUUCAGCUAGUUCAGAGCACUACCAGCGUUCUUCAACUAGCACCAGAGACCACAGUUCAGCUGAAGGACAUCCUUGUCUCUAGCAGUGAGGCGCCUCGUCCAAGACCCACCGCUCUGCCGAGGAUUGCACCUGCUCCUGUGUCCACAUCCAGUGUCGCUGAAACGAGCUCGAGCAGAAGCAGUCGUUUGUUCAGACUACCAGCGGCUAUUCGCUCUGGACCCAGGUCUAGCACGACCCCGCUGUCCGCCGACCGAACCACGAUUCUGACUUCACCCUCAAAUGCAGUGUCGUCUGCCCUUGCUCUCGUGUCUUCGAGCAUUCAAAAGUCUUCACGAGCUCUGACCUCUACCAGCCGUGCGUUCAGACAGUUCCGCAGAUCCGGCGGGGAAAGAAAGGCGGCUGGUCUGUUGGCACUGCUGGCCCAGAAGCGUGGACUUAGUGUCAGUUCGCACGGAUCGUCUGAUCUGCAGAGUUCCGAAACGUCACUGAAUCGUUUUGAAUCAUCGGUCUCUGCAACCAAAUCGCAAACAAUUCAGCUACCCGUGACAUCCGCACCUGCUUUGGUAGCAACGCCACUGACACCCAGUCAGCCUAUUUCCACCUCAGAGUCGUUGGAAAGCAUCCAGCCAACUCAAACAAGACGCAGAGUUAUCGUUAAGACUCGCCGCAGCUUCCGAGCAGCGACGGGGCGACGCCCAAAGAGACCUGGCCUCAGGGCAUUGAUUAAACACGAAAACAUUGAGCGCGAGGAGAGCCAAGCUACACCUCUGCCUACGUUUGACUUGCUUGAUUCAAGAGCGACAGAAGCAAAUGAAAUCCACGAUGAGCAGCCUAUUGAUCCCACGGAGGAGCCAGAGCUCUUUGCCGUGACAGAUCCUGCCACAACAGAGACUCCGGCGCCCGAACCCCGCAGUCAGCGACUGCUAGCAUUUGGAAGAGAAUCCCGCAGGACUGGUGGAACGAGAAACGCGCUCCCAUUGAGGAGACGUGGAGGCUCAGACCGUCCUAGAGGUUUGGCCAGUCGCUUCCUAGCUGCUAACACCUUUGGUCAGGAGCCAACAGAAGCCACAACCACUGAAGCCGCUACUACCACUACUACGUCUACCACUCCAAAACCCGUAACCACCACUACUGAACCCACCACGGAAUCCCCAGAAUCUUCGGGUAUCCCCUUCGCACGUGCACGUAGUCGCUCUCGCUCGGGGAUAAGGAGGCUGCCAUUCUUACGACGCAGAACAAUUUUCAAACGUGACAUUCCCUAUGAAGACUACGAAAAUGAUGCCGUUCACAGAAGAAGUAAACGUCAGGCAUUCGGUGCCAGAAAAAGUAGCAGGAGAAGCUCAUUGAGAGAUAUCCUCUCCAAGGAGCAGUCGGCAGCAGAAGAAGAGCCUGCUGAACCUGCUGUGGACCCUCUGAGAUCUCGGAGGAGAUCUCAGCGUCCACUGAGGCGCCGCACGCAGGAGGAAUCGGUGCCACGCGCCCGGAACGUCAGCCCCACGCCAAGCGAGACCGAGGAGAAGGAGCGGUUCACACUGACCCCGAAUCGGUCCCGUGGCUCGAGCAGGUCGUCCAGCAGCACGCGCCGUGCCAUUCCUGGCGCACGCUCUCGGCGUCCUGUUCGCCCAGAGGCGCCGACAGCAAGUAGCAGCAGUAGUGAUAGGAGUAGCAGCAGUAGCAGCGGCAAAGUCAGCCUGCGUCAGAGACUGCAGCAAGCCCGUUUCGGUACCAGCGGUAGCAGCAGUAGCACAAGCAGCAGCAGCAAUAGUGGCCCCAGCUCCAGUCGUCGCACGCCGUCGCGCCGGCAGCCUUCUGUGACACUGCCGUCUCGCACUCCGUCCCGCAUCACGAGUCCGUCGCGAGGCUCCAGCAGACUGUCCAGCUCACGUCGUCCUACCACCAACCGCCGAACGAGCCUGUUCGCAAGUCGCGGAAGCAGUCGCGAUAGCACUCCAUCUCCAUUCGAGCCAAAGAUUGAUCCGACACCCGUGCUGCCCGAAGGCCAUAUCAUCGUCAUUUCUGAUGACCCCAUCACCACCUCGAUACCUCUCGUGGAAAACGGCCGAACGACCUACAAAGAAGUGCUCUCGGCGACAACGGUGACAGCAACGUUGGAACCGGAUCAGUACUCUGUCACAGACGUCGCCGGCGAGCUCCGCACUCACGUCGGCUUCUCGACGGCCGUAGGGGCCGGCGGUCUGACCGAGGUCUCAACCCUGUACCUGACUCCGACUGAAAUCAAGACGGGCGUGUACAAGACGACGCGCGUCCGGGGCCGUCUGAGCUCCACUGUUUCGUCAUACAUCCAGCCGGCGUUCACUGUCGCCGCGGAGGUGAGCACUGUGCCCGCCUCGCCGCUGCAGCAGCGGCCUGGCCAGAACAACAAUGCACUGAUGCUGCUGCUGCGCCAGCUGCUCGGAGGACAGCAGCCCGGCCAGCCCAACUUCGGCACUCCGCCCAUCAACGUGCCAACUCCCAAGCCGCAGCAAGCCUUCCGGACCUUCUCACACACCACCACCUACGUGACCACGCUGACGGAGUCGGCGCUCACCACCGUCCCCAUCUUCUUCCAAGGCCGCAAGACGCACACGGUCAUCAUCAACAAGGACGUCAAUGUCAUCACGGCCACGGAGGUGCUCACCUCCUCUGAGCCCAUCCCCGGACAGACGGUGGCGCCGGCAGCCGCGUUCGGCGGCGGCGGCGGCGGCGGCGGCGGUGGGUUCGGCAACGCAGGGUUCGGCCUGACUCCGCAGCAGCUGCUCCUGCAGCAGCUGUUCGCGCAGCCGGCGCAGCAGCCGCUGUUCCAGCAGCCGCAGCUGCCGCUGAUCCGGCCCACCCGGCAGCCGGUGUUCGCACCGGCGUCGCAGCCGCCGCAGCUGGAGGAGCUGCUGCGCCAGGCGUCGGAGGCUCCGGACGGCUCCCCGGGUGGCCGCGUGCGCCGCCACGCCGGCAGACGGCGUGCGGCGCUCCCCAGUGGCGUCGAGCGCAGUCCGCCGCUCUCGGAGAUACGCCAACUGGCGCCCGAGGACCCGCUGCAGUUCUACCUGAUGUCGGCCAUGAACGAUGUCGAAGUCGCCCCAGUGACGCUCAGGGCCACCCAGACUCUGGAGAGUGCCGGGGCGCGGCCCAGCCUGGCCGUCCCGCACGUGCUGGACACUGCGCCCUCCGCCACCUUUGUGUUGGUGAAGGCGACCGAGGUGCAUCAGGGGAGGGUAGCGUCAGAAGCGGAACAAUUAUCACAGUCGUCGGAAGCUGAUAGUGAUUCAGAACUCGGCCUUGCUGCCGCGGCGCAGGACCUGCCAGCACCGCCGGUGCCGCUCUCUGAUCCGGACGAUGGCCAGGGGACCCCUCAGCUGAACGUGGACCAGUCUCGGGUGCACACCCUGUACACCACCUUCACGUUCAUCGAUCGGUUUGUCAAGGACGCCCGGCCGGUGGCCAUCACCACGCGGGAGACCAUCUCGCGAGUGACGUCGCUGGCACCCGGUCAGACGCCUCCCUCGGGCACCACGCGCCGCACUGAGACCUUCCAGACCACCUACACCUACUACAAGACGGAGUCGGCGGCGUCGGCGGGCGGCCGGCCGCGCGUCACAUCUACUGAGGAGGUCACCACUCAGGUGGUGGUGACCGAGGCGGCCCGUCUGCCUGCCGUGGUGCCCCGCCCGGCCGCCGUCCGACCCGUGGUACUGACCACCAUGGCCCCCCAGCGGCCCACAGGCGCCGCCGUCCUCACCCCCAUCGUGGAGCCCAGUCAGGUCACCGAAGACGAGGAGGCGCUCAACUCUGUAGUGAUGGCGGCGACGCGCACCUUCUACACCACGAGCACGUUCUACACGACUCUAGUAGAGGGCGGCAGCACCGUGGUCCGCUCGCGCACCGAGGUGACGUCGCGCAUGCAGACGGAGUUGAGCACCACCUGGCUGCAGGUGGCGACCACUGCGCUGAGUCCACUCGUCAGCCGGACCGUCACCUGGCUGGGCCAGCCCGGCUACCAGCAGGACCUGGAGGAUGAGGGGGAGCAAGAGCAGCAGCUGGUGUUCCUGACCCCUGUCAGACAGACAGCUGCAUCCACCGUGGAGUCUGCUGGCGGUGAUAGUGUUCAGGAUUCUGUUCAGGACCUGGACGAACAGAGUCUGACCUCAGCGGCUGCAACUGGAGUUGUGACUGAGGAGGACAAGAACGCGGUACUCCUGGCCGUUCAGGCACUGGUGGCUGAGGCGGACAAGGAAAGCACUGGCUCUGACCAGCCGGCCUCGGCGCCCACUGUCCUGAUCCCGGAUACAGUCGUCAGUUCUCCCGGGUCACUGCAAAGUGAACAGUUCACUGCGGACUCACAAGCUGCUGAACUCUCACAGACUGAACAAGAAACAUCAGAUAAGACACCAGCUCCUGAAACAGAGCAGAUCCCUGAGGCAUCUAAGGUGUCAUCCGUGCCUAAACCACUCGCGACAAAAGUGAAGUCCACCAACAAGCCAGUGAAGCUCCAGGUACAGCCUCCUAAGAAGCCAACUAAACAGCAGACACCUUCAACGAGCAAGCCCAGCAAACCACAAACGACAUCACCAACUAAACCAACGAAGCCACAAACUCCAGCUCCAGCCAAACCAACGAAACCUGAAGCAGCGUCUCCUGGCAAACCAGUUAAAGCUCAGACUACAAGCAAGCCAGCGAAGCCCCAGGCACCGAAACCAAGUCAGUUCCUCGUUGCUCCUGCGCCAGUUGCCGCGCCAAGUCCCGCAACUACCACCGUCCAGACCAGUGUCCAGACCAGCACCUCAACGUCAGUCUCCGAGAGCAGCGCUCUGUCGCCGGGUCUGGGUGGCCUGGCCGGUGGUCUGCUUGGGCUGGGAGGUCUCGCUGCAGGACUCAUCCGCAACGUCAUUCCUCUGCCGCUGCCCUUGCGCCGUGACGGAAGUUCGGGAGCGCCGGUCGGUGGACUGCCCUUCCAGAUACCUCGUCCCGGUGGUAGGCCGGGAGCUCGACCUGGAGCUAGACCUUUCCGGCCAGGUUUCAGGCCAUCUGGUGGGAUCCGUCGCCACCAAACGUCUGCAGAUAGGAAUGACAAUGGGUACCUCGUCGUCAUUGGUCCCGGCGGACAGAGGAUUCCUCUGAACAGGGCACAGGAGAACACCCACACUCCACCAACUCGCCGCACCGGCUUCCUCGCCCCGACUCCUCAAGCCCAGCCCCAUCCGCAACGACGUCCUGGAGCGCCUGUCAGACGGGGAGACCAUCUCCGUCGGCCACAGCCUGGGGCACGUCCUCUAACGCACAUCCCUCCCCGUAUAGACGGGCCGCGCCGUCCCGUGAGACCGGGCAGACCCGGCCGUCCGCUGGCCCAUCCUCUUGGCCGUCCGGUGGGACCGAACCACCUUCACCGCCCCGGCAGGCCGGUCAGCCGGCGACCGAGGCCCCAUCCCACCGGCUACAUUGCCGUCCGUCCUGGAGACCCCACUCCGCCCGCUGACUUCAAACGAGAGCCAGCCCAGCACCAGCAGUCGACUCACAGAGUGCCGACGCAGCACAAGCAGCACGCCCGUCCCCCAUCAGGCGGUGACCGUCACCCACAGCCAGGACCUACCGUUCACGUGGCGCCGACACAGCCUCACCACGGUGGCGUCAGGCCACCCCCUCACCACGCUGGACCUGGACUGCAUCAUCCCCCACAACACGGGUCUUCAGUAGGAGAGCCGCAUCAGCAGCAUGGACCCAACGUCAGACCACCACCACACAGCCAGCAAGGACACGCAAGGCCCCAUCCUUCAAAUACGGGAAGUGUGAGACCGCCACCAGUCAACCAGCCUGUGACUCAUGGUAGACCUUCACACUCUGAAGGACAACUAAGACCUCAGCCUCUGCACCAGUCUGGGACUCUCAGGCCCCCGCUGCCGCCCAAUGCCCAACGCCAGGCUAUCAGUGGACACCAGAUUUCUCUCCAGGACCGCCCGUACCCCACUCGACCUGUCAGUCACCAGGUUCCUCCGACUGGAGCGCCGAUUCCUGGCCCUACCACACCGUCCGCGCACUCUGAGACACUGUACAGAGAACAUCUGGCGCAGGCACCGCAGCUCCAGGCUGACGCACUUGUGUUCAAGUCGGACGUCAAGGGAACUCCGCAUCCCGUUCCUGGCGAUACCGCAGUUACGGCACACCUUCCGUCGUACUUCGAACUGAACAGUGUUGAUCAGGAGGGUCCAAGUGAUGACCAGAAGUCCUCGGCUAGUGUUUUCACCAACAUUGGUCCAGAUGGCAACGUCCAAAGAGAUCCUGAAGAUAUUGUUCGCAUCAUAACUGCACCUGCCAAUGGCCAGCAGCAGGAGACGCCAUUGACACGGGUGACGCCCGUCCUGGUACCAACUCUUCAUACCAUCGCCUCAGUCGAGGGUCCCAACCGUAUCGUAGGAACCAACGUAUUCAAACAGGUGGGCCCACUUCAAACCCUAAAUGCACUGGAUCUGGAAGCCGAUAGCAGCCCAUCUGCAGUUGGACCCAGUCAAGUGGCACCAACUCAGGCUACGCGAACAGUUGGCGUUGUGUCAUCGUCGGCUAUUGGUUCGGAGCAGUCGCUGACAUCAGGUCCAGUUACCAGCGCAGACACUGACCGAAUUCCCGAAAGAACAGUGACACCUGGGCUAAGUAGCGCGAUUGCUAAUGCAAGGCCUACACAGAGCUUUGAAGCAGAAAGUCAGGCACCUGUGGAAGUUGUGCCUCAGGAACUGCAGACACCACAAGACAUUGCUUCAGUAACCAAUAACGGGGGAGCGUACCAACCGUUCCCUGAUAAUGGUUAUGAGUCCAACUCUGAUAUUAAAGUAGCCCGGCCGGAGUCGCAGGGAAGUUCACCGGAUCUGUUUGGCCAGAGACUGCCGAGCUCUGAAUAUAAAACUUCAGGGACCUCAGGUCCUUCUGGCUCUUCACCUUCUGGCAUUUCUGGAAGCUCGUCGGUGAGGGAAGAGCCAUUCUAUCCUGAUGAUACGGAAGACCAAUUCGGGAGUUCGACAAACAAAGACAACAUCGGCAACGAUCGCGAGUCAGACUACAAUGCGCUGACCCCGUCGAAUGCUCCUGGUGCGCCAAGUCUUCCUGGCUUAGCCGGCAUUAAUUUCGAGGGCUUACCUGUAACAGAAUCGCCUCUCGUGGACACUCAGCUUCCCAACGAUCCUAACCAGUUUAACGAUUACGGACAGGGGGAUGAGGCUGAAUAUGACGAUAGCGGAAAACCCAGCCCAACUAUUGGAUACGACUACUCAGUGCCACAAUAUGAUCCGUCCUCGGGCACAACGAUAAGUGAACAGUACCCUGAUGGAAACGGCGAAAGCGUUAGGCGGCCAAGCCAGAACACAUUGGAUCAAACUUAUGAAAAUGAUGAAACAACACGAGACUUGUCGCUUCAAUCGCAGAGGCCCUCAACUCCUGACGCCUCAGGACCUGGAGCGAAUGGUGGCAUUGAUUCACUCAUCGGUGAACCUACCCGUGACCCUACAUCAGCAACUGCAGAUGAACAAGGUCAAGGAGACAAUGACUUCACAUGGCAGGGUGAGUAUGGAGUAGACCAAGCUUCGAAUGGACAAGCUGGAACAACUGCAGGCUCGACAUCAGCAACAGCAGCACCGGGAGAUUUCGAUGAGUCUGCUUGGGGCCAGAGAACGCCGGGUUCUAGUGAAGAAGAAGGACUGCAGGGACAAGAUACUGACACGUACAAUCCCUCCGAAGAGACGAGCCUGCCUGCGUGGAGCCGAAAACCAACCGACAGCAAUGGUAAUAAUGCUGACUGGACAAACCGGCAGCGAGAACAACUUGAAGUUUCUGAAGCAGAUGACGAGAAAACUGCCGAUGGGGGCUCGGUGUGGCAAGGGUGGAAUGAAAGACCAUCGGAAAGCAGCGAAAACCAGAAGGGUGUCAGAAUUGUUCUUAGGCCUUCUACGGAUGGACAGUCUCUUGAUGGAGGAAGCUCCCUGCGUGUCAACGGUGAAGAGGGCGCCGAGGAUUUUACUUCGGGAGCAGCUCAAUCGCAAAAUGAAGGUGCAUUCGAGCAGGGUGACCAAAACAAUGAUGAGUAUCAACCAUCUUCGGGCUUUGGGUAUGAAUCGACAGGUAUUCCACCGAAUGUUGUUCCAACACAAAGUUCGGGCGCUCCUGAUGCAGAAAUAGGUGACUUUGCGCUGGAGAACGACUCGACUAAAGAAUUAAACUCCAUUUCCGCAGACGAUACUACUUCAGAAUCAAUAGAUGAGCAUGACCAUGAGACAAGCAACUCGGGACAAACUGAGAAGCCAUUCCGUGGAAUCGUGAGACCAUCAGUAUCCAGAAGACCUUUCAGAGGAACUGCUCGACCAUCAAUUACCAGAAGACCUUUCCGAGGAACUUCGAGACCAUCGGUUACCAGAAGGCCUUUCAGGGGAUCUAGAAGGCCGGCUGUAACUAGAAGACCAGCUUUGACUAGAAGGCCAAGUGCAAAUAGAAGACCAGCCGCAACUAGAAAACCGUUUACGGGAAUAAAAAGGCCAGCCUGGGCCGAGUUCCAUGAAAGCAGUGACCAAAGUGAACCCACAACUGGUUCAGAUCUAUUGGAAGCUGAAAAUAGCGAAGCUGUAGGAGAUGCUCAGGGUAAUGGAGUAACUUUCAAUACUGACCAGGAACAAACUGUAAAUGAAUCUGCCGACAAAGUAGCGAUAGAUUCUGAUAUAAAAUCAGGGGCUUUCGCCCCCUCUGAAGACGAGACCAAUGAAACUCCAAAAGCAACUCAUCAGGAGCAUGAUCUGGAUCUAGAUCCAUCUAUUAGAGAGGAAUGGGUGCAAACCAGUGAUGAUGGCGGAAGCACUGACAACAGCCGAAGACCACCGGGAAUCAGCCUUGCCUCCAGCGUGGAACAGGAUUCUGAUGAGUCGGCGUCAGGCAGUCGAACACCGGGUCUGAAUGCUCUCAGUCUGCCCGGCAGGAGGAAGCCCAGUCGGCGUCCCAGCCUUGCCGACAUCAUCCGACAGACCCUCCUUGCCUCUCGCGACGACAGCACUCUCGUCACGGUGGAACUCUCCAGCUCGAGCUCCUUAGUGCGCAUUAGCUCCGCGACCAUCUCACCCUCACGGACUCGCAUUCCACCGGGGAUCGCCACCAGUCAGACAACAGAUCGCCGCCGCGUGCCGCCCGGAAUCGUGCGCCCUGGAGCGGCCGAAGACGAGGAGCGAGGCGCGGGUGGUCUUGCGUGGCCUUCGUUCGGCAGUGAAUACGGCACCGAGAGCACGGAACCAGCUGAUGGUCAAGGAACGGGCGCUGGUGCUGGUGCCUGGGAUAACGGAGCGGAUGGGGAGAUCGGAGACUACGGGUGGUCUUAUGGAGAUGACUACGAAACUGGCACCUCUGGCCCUGGAUUCGGUCAGGAUUAUGAAACCGGUACCUCGUCUCCAGGAUAUUAUCCGGAUUAUUAUGAAACUGGCACGUCAGCCUCCACCGUCGAGGGAAGUGAAGAAGGUGUGCCGCCUCAGGUGAUUGGUGAGCAGGAAACUACCACAGAAGAUCAGGCUACACCUGCUGAAGGUCAAAGCCCGGUAUUGGAUGCAUCAGACGCUGCAGAGCAGUCGGAGAGCUCAGAUGCUUUACUACCAGAGGACGAACAGGUUGACCAAGCCGCCAAGGACGAAGCGGAGCAAACUGCUACUGACGUCCAGGACUCACAACAGCCGGACGAGGAGGUGUCCGGAGAUGCUCAGACCCCGGAGACGAAGGUUGAUGUGUCGCUGAGUAUCAGCACCUCUGAGACGUCACAGGAGGUUUCGGUGGAGCACUCCGUCUCUGAGGCUGCCGCGCCUCCCCCGUCCACCGCUGAUGCCGGUGCCAACGAGGAAGACCCGGUGGAAGUCGUCGUCGGAGUAUCGACUGUUGGAGAAGUGGUUGCAGAUGUCACUGAAGUUACCACCACAGAGCAGCCCUCGUCGGUCACAACAGGUCCAGAGGCAACGUUCGAAAUUCAGGACGGCACCAAGGGUACCUCUGUCCCGAGAGAAGGCGAAGACAGCUCCUCAGUGCCCAGCACCACCUCCACGGCGGCACCUCCGACGGGACGUGGCUCGGUGGCGAUCGCCGGACUGCUGAUCCCCACCCAGAAGGAGAACGACGCCAACCGCGGCGUGGAGACGCCCGGUCUGGAGCAGCCACUACUCUCCGAGGACAAGGAGCAGGAGGACAAGUGUCCUCGCCAGUGCCAGGCGGCCAUCAACGAGGUGUGCCGUAAGAUGGGCGGCGAGCACCGCUGCCUCUGCCGGCCGGGAUUCUCCAGAGCGCGGGACAGUGACGCCUGUGAACCGUCGCUGACAUACCAGGUGCGUAUGCUGCUGGACCGAGUGAACGACAUCCCGCUGCAGUACCGGCGGCCGUUCGCCGAGCCCGCCUCGCCCGAGUACCGACAGCUGGCCGAGCUGGCCGCCGGCGGACUGCGCGAGAGCCUCUCCUCCAGCGGACCGCUGGCCAGCCGGCUGCACGGCGCCACCCUGAUGGAGUUCAAACGGGCGGCCGACCUGCCCGGAGUGGCCCCCAGCCGACCCCAGGCGCUAAUGGCUGAUGUGAUGGUACAGAUCACCGACAGAGAAAGUAAAUCCCUGGACAAGGACGGCCUGCAGGUGAUUGUGGAGGAGUCACUGCGCCGAUCCAACUACUCGCUCAGUGACCGGCAGGUGGUCGUCUCGCCGCUGCACGGGGAUGUGACUGUCAUCGACUUUGACGAGUGCCAGAACUCGGACUACAACGACUGUCACGAGGGCGCCUUCUGCUUCAACUUGGUCGGCUCGUUCACGUGCAGCUGCAGGGACGGUCUGGUGGACACUGGGGUACCGAGUCUGCCCGGACGCUCCUGUACCGGCGAGUACUCGGGCUGUCCCGAGUGCAGCUACAGCGGCGAGUGUUACACCGAGCCCAGCGGUGAGCCGGCGUGCCGCUGCCACCGCUGGUACGCCGGCCAGCGGUGCCAGGUGAACCUGCGCGUGCUGCUGAUCGCGCUGGCCAGCGCCGGCGCCCUGCUGGCCGCCCUCCUCUGCGUGUGCUGCUACUUCUGCUGUCGUCGCCGCGGCCGGCGCAUGGCCGCUCCGCCGCUCGUGUUCUCCGGACCUGGUGGUCUGUGGCGCCAUCGCGGCAGUCGGCUCCACCAGCCGGUGGCAGACCAGCGGGCUAUGUUGGACAGUAGCAGCGAUACCAGCAUACCCGUCUCCUCCCGAAGGCGUCCCCCGAACGGCGGUAAGCGCCUGCUGCCGCCGCUGUCUGGAGGCUCGAAGCCCUCCGGUCCCGGCAGUCGCAGCUCGCAGCAGCCUUCAGCGGGCGAGGCCCAGAGACCGGCCCGGUUCCUGCCUCGGCCCCGGCACAAGACGGACGCGCCUUCCGGCCCGCGGUCCAUCAACUCGCAGGGUGGCGGCGACCCGGCGGUGGCACCCAACAGGACACAGCCGCAGCUGAUGGGCCUGCUCCACCCGUCGGAGGCGGCGCGGGGCCGCUCUGCCGGCGGUACGUUCCGCGCCGGCCGCACCAGCCGCAGCUCGGGCCGCGCCGAGCCCGACUCUCAGGUCAGCCACACGCCGGCCGGCCGGAGCCGCAGCUCCAGCGGCGGCCGCCGCCCGGAGCCGGAGGUGUCGCAGCUGCCCAGCGGCCGGAGCGGCAGCCGCAGCUCCGACUCGGUCAGCGGCGAGCCGGAGAGGAUCGAGUGCGGCACGCACAACUUCUUCAGGGCCAGGACCAUGUCGGACGCGCUCUCCUUUAACGAGGAGCUGAUUGAGCCCAGCGUCCGGCCGGUGGCCCGCUUCGACACCACCCGCAGUCAGCGCAGCUCACACGCGCCCAGCUCGCAUGGCUACACUUACGAGCACCACACCAUGGCAGAGCGCGACGCGGCAUCGACAUAUGUGAUGCCGGAGACUCAUCUGUUUAGGAGGGCUCAGGACUCGGACGCACAGUCGGAGACCAGUCUGGUGGAGGACUUCCCUCGAAUGGACGGUUCGUCAACCGUCAGCAGUCGCCGCGGCUUCCGCUAGCAGGAGCCGCUCAAAUAGAACAGAACACCGGCCGGUAUGGGGGAUAGACUUCCCGAAGACGCCGGUCAUAUAGAGUGGCUGCCACAAGGCGGAGUGGUGUCGCGGGAUUCGUACAUCAGAGACGGGACACUGGAGAUUAUGUUUCUGUACGAUUCGUGGUUAGUAUGAUCGUCGCAGAGGCGUGGGUGUCACGAGACUGAUGAAGCUCUCCCAAGAGACGAGAUGCUGGUUUUGCACAGACAUAGCCAGCGUUAUUGUUCCUCAUUGAUCGGAUAGGUGAACUACGUAUUCAACUGCUAGCAGGCGUUUACUGUACCCGCCUGACGUUGCUGCACUAAUCAUUCUAAAAAUGCACCAAGGCCGUCUUUGCUAGGGACGUUUAUCGAGGUAUCUUCCAUUUCUCAGAAAAAGCUGUGUGUUCGCAUACGUUUAGACCCAUUACAUGUCAUAUAAACGCAUUAGUUCCUCUUGUAGAGAAUAUCGAAAAAAAAAAUAAUUAGACCCAUUCUGAACAAGUGCUCAAUGAGUGGCCUCAUGAGAGGUCAGGUGUGACCAUGGAAUCAUCUUUGCAAGGAUGUGAUAUUUAUUUAGCGAGAGUGGAGUGAAUGGUUGUUAGUUUGUUGUUGCGGUAGAGAGCUGUAAGAACUGUUUCUUUACGUUGUUACGAGAAUGUUUACCAGAAUGCAUCGGUAAACGUUAAUUGUUGCGAUGCAGAGUUGUUUUAUGCUGGAUCGUUCAUCGAUGUAUGCAUGGAUGUGCUUUUGCAAAUGAUAUUUAUUAGAAGUUUUUAUUGUCUGACUACUACAAGAGAGGAUUGUUCGCAGAAGGCUGGCAGGGUGAAUGCUUGUUAAGUUACAUGUGGCAUUGACGUGAUGCGGCUGAGAGAACGAUAUAAGUGGUGACUAAUACACGUUCUUAAGUACGAAAAAAUCAUUUGAUUCAGAUCU